GGUCGUCUCAGACGUACUUACAAGCUUGGGUGGGCAAAAUGUAGAGAACCUGUCGGGUUAUUAAUGUUAGACUAGUGUUUCCUGGAAAGCUUUUAAUGUCUAAAAAGACCAAACAAUGAAAUCGGUUCUUACUUUGGUCAUUGGGGUCAGAAGAUUUGCCUCGGAGAUCCAAAAAAGAAGUCCAUCUCUUCAGCGUCUGGGGAUACCUUCUUCAUCCAGAUUCUGCUGAACUCUAGAGAUUGGAAGACUUGAGAUGCUUCAGCUGCAACAUGCUUUCACUUCCUUACGUCUGAUAUGGCAGCAGCAGACAGACCCUCCGCCUCCCGAUGUCCCCCCACUCUUCCAUCAUCACACUGCCCUUACAUCUUCUUCAACCCCAACCUCCUCUUCAUCACCACCAUGCCGCUCCUGGCUUCUCCCACAUUUCCACCCUCCUGUCCAACUACGUGUAACUGGUCUCCUGAGGACCCUCCUGACCCUCCUAGCUGCCCUCUGCAUAUUACCCUGCCGAGCACAUGCAACCUGGUUUCGGGUCGGGGUGGUGGGACCGUGGGGGUGUGACCCCCUCUUCGCCAAGGCACUUCCAAAUGUUGCGGCACAGCUGGCGGUCAAUCGCAUCAACAGAGACCCCGCGCUGUCCUCCGCUGCUACGUUUGGCUUUACCGUGCUGCAGGAGCCUUGUGAAACAUCCAGAGCACUGGAGGCAUUUGUAGGUUUCCACACCAAGGCCUCUGGGUACAUUGGACCGGCCAACCCUGGAUACUGCGAUACUGCUUCGAUGCUGAGCAAAGGCUGGAACAAACCAAUGUUUCCCUGGGCUUGUGUUGGCUACGAGCUGGACGAUGUUCGGAGCCAUCCGACAUUUGCCCGAUCUAUGGCGAGACCCACCGCAGUGCUGCACAGCGUCAUGAGCUACUUCAGGUGGGCUCACGUUGGCAUCAUCUCUUCUUCUGAAGACGUCUGGGUGAAUACAGCAAGCAAGGUGGCGGAGUCGUUAAGGAGCCACGGGAUGCCCGUCAGAUUUGUGAUGUUUAUGGAAAACACGGCUCAUGGCAUAAGGCGGACCCUGGCAAAAGUACGCAAGAUGAGGGAUAUACGAGCUGUGAUCCUGUGCAUGCACUCGGUACUCAUCGGCGGCUCGGCCCAGAAGCUCUUCUUGGAAACCGCCUACGACAUGCAGAUGAUCGACGGCUCCUUGGUGUUUGUACCCUACGACACUUUGCUCUACAGCCUGCCGUAUCUCAAUGCAUCUUACCCCGCUGUGAAGAACAACAGCAAACUCCUGUGGGCCUACGACGCCAUGUUGACCAUCACCAUCGACUCCCCCCAGGUGUCAUUCUACGACGCCUACAGAGAGGCUAUGGAGAGAGGAGAGGUGGCAAGAACGCUGAAACCCCAACAGGUGUCCCCUCUGUUUGGUACCAUCUACAACUCGAUUCUGUUCAUGGCUCAUGCCGUGCAUCGUAUCCAUGAGUCUGGAGCAUGGAUGUCUGGAGGAAACCUGGCACAGAGUAUACAUAAUUUGAAUUUCCAGGGCUUCAGCCACCGUAUCAAAACCAGCAGCUCUGGAGCUGUUCAGCUGGACUACCUCAUCCUGGACACAGAUGGAUCCACCUUGAACCUGAUGCCAACAUACAAGGUGGACAUGGAGAUCGGCAUGGUUCGCUUCCUGGGACAAGACGUUCAUUUCCCACAAGGCUAUGGCCCUAGGAGGGAUGCUGCAUGCUGGUUUACGCCUGGAGUCAUCUGCUCAGGAGGAGUGGAUCUGUUCUUUACCUUCAGCAUAUUGUUUGGUUCUGUUGCUGCUUGUGUUUUCGUAGUGGCUCUACUGUACUGUGUCAGGCGACGCAUCAAUCAGAUUCGAAUGGUCAGAGGUCCCAACAAGAUCCUGCUCACGCUCCAAGACGUCACAUUUAUUAACCCAUCCCUUAGUAACAAGAAGCUGAGCCUAGAUGACAGCAGGACCAGCGGCGGCCGCAGCGCGUCGGAGCGCAGCCUCAACACGCUCGCCUCCUCCCAGUCCCCGGCCACAUACGAAAAUUCAAACGUUGUCAUUUUUGAGGGGGACUGGGCGUGGCUGAAGAGACUACCCAAUGGCAAGUUUGGCAGCAUUAACCCUAAAACCAGUGAUGUCUUUGAACUGAUGAAAGACAUGCGUCACGAGAACGUCAACCCUUUCCUGGGCUUCUUCCAUGACUGCGGCGUGUUUGCCAUCGUCACUGAGUUCUGCUCCAGAGGAAGCCUGGAGGACCUGCUGCUGAAUGACGACGUCAAACUCGACUGGAUGUUCAAAUCAUCUCUGCUGUUGGACCUGAUUAAGGGAAUGAAGUACCUUCAUCACCGAGGAGUGUGCCAUACCCGUCUGAAAUCUCGUAACUGUGUGGUGGAUGGACGUUUUGUCCUUAAGGUGACGGACUAUGGUUAUAAUGAGGUUCUGGAGUCACAAAGGUUCCCAUUGGUUGAAACGCGCCCAGAAGAGUUGUUGUGGACGGCUCCAGAGAUCCUGAGAACCAGUCAUUCGGGACUCCACGGGACUCCCUCUGGUGACGUUUACAGCUUUGCCAUCAUUAUGCAAGAGGUCGUGAUCAGAGGACCUCCGUUCUGCAUGCUGGACCUGUCUGACGCAGAAAUAUUAGAAAAGCUGCGUAAGCCUCCCCCUCUGUGCCGUCCGGUGGUCAGUCCGGAUUAUGCUCCUAUGGAAUGCAUCCAGCUGAUGAAACAGUGCUGGACUGAGCAGCCAGAGAAGAGGCCCACCUUUGAGGACAUAUUUGACCAGUUCAAAAACAUCAACAAAGGAAAGAAGACCAACAUCAUAGACUCAAUGCUGCGUAUGCUUGAGCAGUACUCUUCUAACCUGGAGGAGCUGAUCAGGGAACGAACAGAGGAGCUGGAGAUAGAAAAGCAGAAGACAGAGAAGCUGCUCACACAGAUGCUUCCCCCGUCAGUGGCAGAGGCUUUGAUGGUGGGAGCGGUAGUGGAGCCGGAACAUUUCGACAAAGUGUCCCUCUAUUUCAGCGACAUCGUCGGCUUCACCACCAUCUCAGCCAACAGCGAACCCAUCGAGGUGGUCGACCUCCUCAAUGACCUAUACACGCUCUUCGACGCCAUUAUAGGAAACCACGAUGUCUACAAGGUGGAGACCAUCGGCGACGCCUACAUGGUGGCGUCGGGUGUUCCGGUCCCCAAUGACAACCGUCACGCUGCAGAGAUUGCCAACAUGUCCCUGGACAUCCUCAGCGCCGUGGGGACCUUCAAAAUGAGGCACAUGCCAGACGUUCCUGUUAGAAUCCGUAUAGGACUCCACACAGGUCCUUGUGUAGCAGGUGUGGUAGGUCUCACUAUGCCGCGCUACUGUUUGUUUGGAGACACAGUGACCACUGCUUCUCGCAUGGAGUCCAGUGGGAUGCCCUACAGGAUUCAUGUCCAUGAGAGUACAGUAAAGGUCCUGCAGGAACUCAAUCUUGGCUACAAGCUUCAGCUGAGGGGCCGUACAGAAGUUAAAGGAAAAGGAAUAGAGGAAACAUAUUGGCUUACAGGGAGAGAUGGAUUCACCAAACCUCUGCCAGUUCCUCCAGAACUCAAGUCAGGGCAAAUGGCUCAUGGGCUGCAGAUGGCCGAGAUAGCCCAGUACAAGAAACGGAAAGCCGAGAAACAACAGCAGGAACAACUUGCAAAGAAGAAAAACUGAGACUGUCACUGGCUGAGUCGAGGGACAUGAAGCAGGUGUUUCACAAGGCAGUGAAGAAGAUCUCGCACGUUCGCGUCGUGACGCAGCUCUACAUGCCCGAGGAC